UUUAGUCUUUGUACUGUCCUAGAUCGCCUGUUCAAGAGAUCUGAGCUUGGUGUUUAUAAUAUCAUAUAGCACCAGUAUACAGCUGCUAUAGUUUCUAUACCAAGAUAUCUAGACGUAGAGCCUGUGUUCUGAUAUUGUUCUUCACAAAGAUCACAAGAUUCAGGUCAUUACAAGAUGCAGUCUCGUAACGCUGGCAACCAGAAUCGCAUCAUUCUGAUCGGUUGUUUCUUGCUAUUGCUGAUAACUGGAGUGCUGUACUUUUUAAAGAGAAUCGAAGCCAAUAAACUACAUUCAGAGCUCAGCAGUAUAGAGGUAGAGACAAAGGAGAGAGUGGAAGAGCUGACCUCCAAACUAACAGACUACCUACAGAAGAUGGAGGAGAUGACCAGACAACUGGGAGACCUGCAGUCCAAGCAAACGAAUUGUGAGGAUGCCAAGCAGAAAAUUGCGAUGGAGACUCGCACAGCCAAGAAGGCAGUGGAGGAGUGUCACCAACAGCAGUCAGAGCACGUGCUGAAGCAGGGAGAGCUGGAGGACGAACUCGCUGACCUAAAGACUGAGUGCGAUGGUGCCAAUGACAAAGUUAAGAGUCACCUGGUUUCACUGACACAGCUGCAACAAAGUGCCAAGGACAGUGAGAUGGAGUUAGACUCUUGUCAGGCCCAAGCCUCUCAGUGCCAGACAACACUGACUGGGAUGCAGGGAGAAAUGGUUCAGUUGAGAGCUCGCUGCAAUCAGCAACAACAGCUUCAACAGCAACAACAAAUGGUACAGCAACCAGCUCAGCAACUAGGACAGCACAUGUUGCCUAACAACCCCGUGGUGCUUACUAAACCAAGAGUUUCUGUUCCAAACCAGGCAUCAAAUAGAUUCCCCAUUCACCAACAGCAGCCAGUGAUCCAAGAACAAGUUAAUAAAGAGAAAGUGCCGUCUUACCCUGAAGAGGAGGAGGGUGACAUCGAUCCUCUCCUCGAUGACAAAGAGAAAGAGGACCAGGGGGGAGAUGGUGGGGGUAAUGAUGACCAAGAACUAGGGCAGGACGAGGUAGAGAACAAGGCUCGAGAUUUGUUUGAUAAUCUUGGAGAAGCACAGGAAAAUAGUAAGAACCUCUGACUGCUCUGAGACUAUACGAUAGGUCUUAUCCAAAACUCAUAUUAUAUAUACGUACAUGCAUUUCUCUGCGAUAUUCUUUUGUUAUUCUGACUUUUUGCCAUGUAUAAGCACAUAACCAUUAAUUUUUUGUAAAUAACAGGCAUGCAUGGGUGGAAAAUCAAUCUUGUUUUGUUCA